CCCAAUUUUCCAAAACCCGAAAAAGGGACAAAACCACCGGUUACAAAAACAAAAGAAGAAGUAAUCUCUCCAACUUCUCUCCAAUCCCCUACCUCUCCGGCCACCGUACAAUUCGCACGAUUUACAGGUUGGAAAUCGGUUCCGCCGCUCAACCCUGCAAUUCGCCGCCUUAAGCGGUGGAAUGUAGGAGGAAGAAGAAGAAAGGAAGGAGCUUUUUGAUCAUUAGCCAUGGCGAAUUCGAAUAGGCACCCACGGGUGGAGGUCGAACCGGAGCCGGAGACGGGGCCGUCGUGCUCGAGGUCGGUGAGCGAGACGGUGAACGGGUCGCACCGGUUCACGAUCAAGGGGUACUCUCUGGCAAAGGGCAUGGGCGCGGGGAAAUACAUCGCUAGCGACACCUUCACGGUGGGAGGCUACGACUGGGCGAUCUACUUCUACCCCGAUGGGAAGAACCCCGAGGACAAUUCCAUGUACGUUUCGGUGUUCAUCGCGCUGGCCAGCGACGGCACCGAUGUCAGGGCUUUGUUCGAGUUGACUCUCGUUGACCAGACCAAGAACGGGAAGGAUAAGGUCCACAGCCACUUCGAUCGCGCGCUGGAGAGUGGGCCCUACACUCUGAAGUACAGAGGCAGUAUGUGGGGGUACAAACGCUUUUUCAGAAGAGCAGCUGUAGAAACUUCUGACUAUCUAAAGGAUGAUUGUCUUGUAAUGAAGUGCACUGUUGGAGUUGUCAGAACUCACCUUGAGGGACCAAAACAGUUUGCCAUUCCUGUACCACCAUCAGACAUGGGGCGAGGGCUUAAGGACUUGCUAAGUUCUGAAGUUGGUUGUGACAUAGUUUUUCAUGUGGGGGACGAAAGUUACAAAGCCCAUAAGUUGAUACUUGCUGCUCGUUCUCCUGUGUUUAGAGCUCAGUUUUUUGGACUUGUUGGGGAUCCUAGCGUAGAUAAAGUAGUGGUGAAAGAUGUUGAGCCUUUUAUUUUUAAGGCGAUGCUUCUGUUUAUUUACAGUGACAAACUUCCUGAUGUGUAUGAGGUUAUGGGCUCAUCGUCUAUGUGCUCAUUCACUGUUAUGGUGCAGCAUCUCUUGGCUGCUGCUGACCUGUAUAAUCUUGAUCGACUUAAAUUGUUAUGUGAAUCAAAAUUGUGUGAAGAAAUCAAUACUGAUACUGUUGCAACCACACUUGCCCUGGCUGAGCAACAUCAUUGUCCACAGCUCAAGGCUAUGUGUUUGAAAUUCGCGGCAAAUCCAGCAAACUUGGGAGCGGUAAUGCAAUCGGAAGGGUUCAAGCAUUUAGAGGAAAGCUGUCCCUCAAUGCUGUCGGAGUUGUUGAAGACAUUUGCCUCAGUGGAUGAAAAUUCGACGCUUUCAGGUAGGAAGAGGACCGGCAGCACCAUAGGGCUAGAUCUGCCAGUGGAUGGUAAUGGGGCUCCAGCAGAAUCGGCUAAUCCCAAUGGCAGGCGUGUGAGGCGGCGAGUUUAGUGCGCGUAAUUUGCUCUUAGGUGAGGCAAAUCUUGAACAAACCUUCAGUCAUGAAUAGGAAGUUACUUAUAGCGAGUCAUCUAUCUUUGGUCCUACCUGGUCCUUCGAAAAGUUUCUAUGCCUUGAUGGUUGCAGAAGUUUGUUCAGUUUGCCCUUAUGCUUAGGUUUAAUCAGGAAUCUUUCGGCACUAAGUAUAAUAGUUUUAAUGGUUUGGUUGUGUUUACUAUUUGGUGUAAUAAAACAUUGUUUUCCUGAUCUAUAUUUUCAGACCAUACCAUUUAUUA